GAGUCCAAAAAGCAAGAAUCUUCUCCCCACUACCCUCCACUGCGUUUUAAGGUAAAAAUAAAACCACCACCUUUUUUCCCCCUCCCGUUUUAUGAUCUUCGGUUUCUGUUUCCUCUCUAAAUUCUCUCUCCAUUUCCAAAACUUUUCUUAGCUUACCCGAGUUUUGUACGGAUCGCCUCCCAGGUAUAUUGCUGCAUGCAAGAUUGCCUAACUCAUUGUUCGGUAAUCUUGGGAAGAUAAUUUGUAAUUAUUGGUAUAGUUGUUAUCUUUUGUCUGGAACAUCUAGUAAAAGAUAUGUCAACUGGAUCAGUAAGGAGGGUUUCACGUCAAGAUAUACAGCUUGUUCAAAAUCUUAUAGAACGAUGUCUUCAACUCUACAUGACACAGAAGGAAGUUGUGGAAACUCUGCUGGCUCAGGCUAAAAUUGAGCCUGGUUUUACUGAACUUGUUUGGCAAAAGCUUGAAGAAGAGAAUAGAGAAUUCUUCCAGGCUUAUUAUCUGAGAUUGACGGUGAAGCAACAAAUAAUGGAAUUCAACAAGCUGCUUGAGCAACAGGUGCGAUUGAUGCGUCAGAUUCAUCCAACUGGAGUUGUUUCAGUAUCUAAUUCUAAUGGACUUCGCUUGCCGCCAAUGCCCCAGAACUCAGCCUGCUAUGGCCCAGAGGAUACAGGACCAUCUUUGAAGCAGGAGAACAUGCACCAUCCCAUGGGAUCCAGUUUGCCUAAUGUAUUCACUAAUGGUAGUUCAUCAUUGCAUGCUGGAAUGCAUGCUGCUGUUGAGCUGCCUACCCAUGCCAGCAGGAUUGAUGCUCCACCAGCCAUGCUUUCAACUCAGAGUUCAAACAUGGGUCUGAUGCAAGGAAUAAAUGGGAAAAUGAUAAAAUCAGAAACUGGUUAUUCAGGCAGUUCUGCUUACAUGUUUGGUGCUGAGGGCAAUGUUCUGGAGCCACGUCCAACAAUUGGGGAUACGUCUUUCAGUAGUGUAGAAUCAAGCUCACAGCCUCUGAAUGAACCACUUAUGGAUGCUGACAUUUCUUCAAUUGGAUUUUUAGGCCAGAUCCCUCGCAAUUUUAGUCUGUCAGAUCUUGCAGCUGACUUUUCUCAGAGUUCAGAUAUACUGGAGAGCUACCCCCGGUCACCUUAUUUAGCAACAGAUAAUGAAAAUUUCCUGGAUUCUCGUGAAAGAGAACAUCAAGCGGACAACAAAAUGUUGGACACAAUAUCAGAAGGAUUGAGUUAUGAAGAUUUUAGAAAUGAAUAGCUCUACAAUGUCAAUGGUACAAACAAGAGCUCCCCUAGGCUGAAGGGUUUUGUAUAUAGCAUUUUACAAGUCAAAACUCCUUUGAUUGAUGGAUAGAAGUUCACUGACAUGAUUCUGUAGUGAUGGAAAAUUGACAAUAGGAUGGAUCCGAGAGGUUAAAAAAAAAAAAUUUAAGUUCUACAUACGCGGUUUUUUUGUGCCCAUGGGAGAGUCGGUGGAAGCGACUUUACUGAAUCAGCUUGGCUUGGCUUAGAAUCUAGUAGCAGUCUGGUGUGAUAUGGUUAUGGUAGUCCUAUCAACAGGACAUUUUGUUGACGACUAUAUAACUAACGCCUUUUGAUUUGGAAUGGGAUUGUGGAAUAAUAUAUUUUGUGGAUUUUAUGUUGAGAAUCUUCCAAAUUGGUGGUGGUACUUGUUCAAGGGUAAAAGUUUGUGAAGAAGCAAUAUGCAGAAUUGUAAAUAUGGUGCAGUUUGCCCUGAAGGUGACCAUGCCAUUAUUUAGCUCAAAUUCUAAUUACUAUGCAAUAUGAUUGGACUUGCUUAGUGGAGCAAUAUCAAGUUUGCUUUUGGUUGCAA